CGUGAAACAGUCGACUGCCAAUCUCAAUACCGUUCGCAUCAAUUCGAAUAAACCGAAUUUUUUGCAUUCAUUUUCAUUUUUUUAAGGGAAUUUCCAGCCGCAUAAACGAUAAACGACGACAUUUGUGUGAUUCAUUUCAAUAAACCGUUAUGAUAAAUUUUUUCAGUAAUUAAACUAAUGUGGGAAUACUUUGAUAGUUACGUUUAAAUUGAACUGCAUUUAUUUAGCGAAUACAAGCUUAAAAUUCGAUUCAAAGUUCAGCCGAAACGGUGGCCGUUUUGUGAAGCAAACGAAGAACUGUGUCGUUAUCAAAUGACAAAAUCCAUGUGUGUCAACCUCAUUUUAAAUUAACUCAUUGUCUACACGGUGUUGAGAAAAUAAGUCGACAGAAUCGACAAUUAUCAAUUCAUUUGAAGCACAAUGCAGCAAGGAGAUGGUAAAUCGAAUCGAUUUAAUGACAAAAUCAAUCAUCCGGCAGCCAAUGGUGUAAAAGUGAAAAAACCAAAACAAGGAAAAUGCGAUUUGGGUCCAGACUUUGUGGCACCUGAUGGCGGUUGGGGCUGGCUCGUUGUUAUUGCAGCGGGUUGCAGCAAUUUAUUCACUUUCCCUGUGUUGCAGCAAUUUGGUUUAUUGUUUAAAGAACGUUUAGAAUUGAUUGGCUUAACAGCAUCUGAAAUAACGACUGUGAUCAAUCUUAAUCCAUGUAUAACGUCAUGUGUUGGCCUUCUCAAUGGACCAAUGUUUCGAAUGUUUACAUAUCGACAAAUUGCCUUAUUCGGUGCAAUUCUCGUGAGCAUUUCAAUUUUUCUAACAUCGAUCUCGAAUUCAUUCACCACAUAUAUAAUCACAUUCUCCAUUCUGUAUGGAGCCGGUUCUGGCAUCAAUUCGUCUGCCAAUUCAUUGGCACUGAACACAUAUUUCAAGGAAAAACGACGAAUUGCAACUGGACUUUCGUGGACAUUAACAGGAAUGGGACCCAUUUUAUUCCCGCAAAUUAUUGCAAUUUUAAUACCAUUUUACGAUGUGCAGGGCAGUCUUUUAAUUUUUACCGGUAUUGCAUUGAAUGCAAUCGUUUGUGCAUUGGUUUUUCAGCCAGUGCAAUGGCAUAUGAAAAAAACAAACACCGAAAAUGUGGAAGAACGUUUAAUGAGGCCGGCAUCAGUGGUGCAUGAAUGUGAUUAUUGCCGAAUGACAAAACGCCAAAAUCCAAGCAUACUUUCCAGUCAAUACCUGUAUAAUGCGGAUAAUGCGAAUGCCACCGGGUACGAAAUUAUUGAUCCUGGUGUACCAAUGUUAUCACUCGCAAACGAUGGCUGGUCCUCAAAACGAUCACUAUACGGAUCACGUGCAUCACUUUAUUCCGAUCGGCAAAGCCGUAUCGGCUCACGAAAACCCUCAAGCCAAAAUUUAGUAAAUUUGAAUCGAUCAUCGUCGGUCAAUUUGGUUGCAAUGGCAAAAGAACGUGAAAAACGAAAAAUAUCAUCGCAUAAAAUUGAAGAGCACCCAGAAGAUGGUUCAAGUAGUAAAAAUUCAAAGGAAAAUGUUGAUGUUACAACGCGACCAAAGACUCCAAUGACACCAAAAACACCAGAUGUUCAUAUUUCAAUGGAUGCACCGCUCGAAAUGAGGUACAUAAAUGAUCAUCAAACCGAUUUGACCACAAAUAAAUUACCAUUCAGUCGUGUCACUUCACCACGCCGCAAAAUAUCAACAAAUAAUAAUUUUAAUGUUGAAAAAGAGGUGCUGAAAAAUGUAUCGCAAAAAUUGGAAGAAUUCGUUUCGACCGGUGAUCGUGUGCCAACAAUAACAAAUUUAGAGGGAUUUUGCACGUGCGACGAAAAACUUCGAAUGUACUUAAAUCCAACAUUAAGUGACGAACACGAUAAUGAAGUGAUUGAAGAAAAUAAACAAAAACACUCAAUCUGGCAAAAAAUUGUUGUGUUUUUUGAUUUGGACCUUCUACGUGAUUUUACUUACGUGAACCUUAUGAUGGGCGUCACAUUAGGAAAUUUCGCGGAAUUGAACUUUUCUUUGUUGACGCCAUUCGUAUUGGCCGAUUGGGGUUUUGAAAAGCCUCAAAUUGCAACCGCAAUGAGCUUAUUGGGUGGAGUUGAUAUUGCAAUUCGAUUUUUUGUACCAUUCAUUGCUGGCAAAAUCGGUUGGCAAAAUAAAACAUUCUUUUUGGUUGGGAUUUUCGGAAUGGCGAUGGGCCGAGUGUUUAUAACAUUUUAUAGAUCGUACAUGGCAAUUUUGUGUGCAUUUUGUUGGAUUGGUUUGGGCAAAGGGCUGCGAACUGUUUUCAUGGCUCUAGUCAUUCCGAGUUAUGUGCCAUUACACAGGUUGCCUGCCGCUUCUGGUCUACAAUUAAUUUUUGCUGGCAUUUUCUACUUUUUUAUGGGUCCCGUCGUUGGACUUAUUCGAGACAAAACUGAUUAUGUGGUGACAUUGCAUUGCCUGAACUUUGCGACAUAUUUCGUAACGAUUAGCUGGCUAGGUGAAAAAUUCUAUCGUGAUUAUCAGCAUCGAAAACUAACACAAACCGAACAAAAUGGAACAAAUUGAGCGAGCACAAAAAUUCAUAAAGAAAUGCACAAAUAAAAGUGUCACAGUUAAUUAUCACAAAUCAUCAAUUAAACGUGCGCCCUUCAUACCUUCCAUUUGAAUUCGAAACAAACUCAUCAUUCAUGUUUUUUUCUUCUAUCCAUGGAAAAUAGUCCUUUUUUCAACAUAAACAAUAAUUUAUUCUGUAUGUAAAAUUCUUCAUCGAAUUCAAUAAAAUGAAAUAACGUUAAUUCAUAGGAAA